AAAAAAGUUGACAGUCCAGGUCUUGGAGACAACCGAUUGGACCAAGUGGCGGACGUCCAACAGUUCAUUACGGCCAUCAAGAACGCCAUCGCCAGCAAUCCCAGCGGUUACCAUGCGAUUCUCUUCGUGAUACGGUACAGCGUUCGCUACACCAAGGAAGAGGUCGACACGGUGAAGAAACUCAAGCAGAUUUUGGGCGAUGAUUUUAUUAGAAAUCACUGCAUCCUUGUUCUGACGUGCGGUGACAAUUUUGAAAGUGACCCAGUUAUAGAAGAAGAAAAUUUAACGUUCAACCAAUGGGUCUGUAGACAACAGGAGCCACACUUCAGAGAUUUGGUCGCCGAGUGCGGGUCAAGGGUGCUGCUGUUUGACAACAGGACUAAAGAUGAAGCAAAGAAAAUUCAACAAAUCACAACGCUGAUCCAGACAAUCGACGCAUUAAAUGCCAAUGGCCUGCGGUACACUAACAGGGAGUUCCAAGAAGCUGAACGGGAAAGAGAACGCCUUGUCACGCUUUUGGGGGGAAGGCCAUAUCUCAAAGAAGAACACCUAAAAGAAUUGGGCAUCAUUACAUUUUCGUUGAGUAAAAUACAAAUGGUACCUCAAGACCUAGAUGAUCUCCAGAAGCUCAGACGGCGAGCCACAAAUUUGUAUUCGAAAAUUAAGGAGGAUGACAAAGAUACAGGAGUGCUUAAUUCUACGAUGAGAACUGUUUCCAAUGUCGUGUCCGGCAUAGAUCAACAAAUUGAGAAGUUGAAGCUUUCGAUUGUCCAGGCGGAGAAAGUUGCGGAAGAAAAAAGAAAUCUUGAAGCAAUGCUGACGAAGCUUACAAAAGAAAAGGAAAGGUACAAAAUGCAGCUGAAACCAGAGGUGAAACAUGAGUUGAAACAAAAGGAAGAUGAAAUGGAUAAGGUGAAGAAAAGGCUGAAACAAUUAAAAGUUGCAGAAAAGGCGCAUUCACCUCCUAAGAAACAAGCAGCACCGGUGGUAGAAGAAAAGCCAGAAGAGAAGUUGAAGAGGAAGCAGGAGUUUGAUAACUUAAAGAAAACGGUACACCAAGGCUUAAGGGAAGGACAGGAAAAUCAACAAAGACGGGAGGAAGAGAAACAGAGGCUAGUAAAAGAAAAGGCUGAGAUAAAACGAAAACAAGAGGAAAUUCAACAAAGACGAGAGGCUGAAAGAAAUAAGCUAAUAGCAGAAGAGGCUUGGGUAAAACGAAUAAAAGAAGAAAUUGAAAAACAAGAAAAAGAGAGAUCGAAGGCUAUAUCAGAAGCUAAGAAAACAAUUGAUCGUUUGGAGAAAGAGUACCAGCAACUA